AUGGAUUCUAGCAUGAAUGGCCACUUACCUCAAGAGAGAUUUGGUGAUGAAGAAGUACCUUUAAUACUUUUGAGUUCAGACCUUGAUCGCCGCCAGCGAGCCAAAGCACUGAGUCAGCUGUCUCACCAGUCGCAAGGCAGUAAUGUCUAUGACAUAGGACAUGAUGAGGUAUCCGUAACUAUGACAACGACGUCUAAACAAAAAAUGUACUUUUCUUUUCUACUUUCGUGUGCAUGCACUAAAAUGGGAAAUAAGAUAAAUAAUUUAAAGUCAUGAAGGAGUUAUCUCCACGGAUCUAUUCUACAACCUGAACGAAUCUUAAAAUUAGGGACAUCUUGCAGUCAGGACGUCAACGCCAAGGGAGACAUCGAAUCAAUAAAUGAAUUGAUAUUUUUAGAAUUUCGCGAAUGGCUGGACUUGUUAAUUUUCUCGAGAGGGAGCAGAGUUGAGUUUCAAAUAAAAACUUUCGCUAUCGUGCUCAGAAUACGCAAAUUUUAGUGAUUUCACAUCACCUGGGUUAGCAAAUGCCUUCUUUGCAAGUCUUUCCUCGACAAUUCUCCAACUUUAAGAACUGCUGUCCGUUUCUGUAAAUAAGCCUUGUGAACAGGUCAAGAUCAAAUUUUUUUAACGGAAAGGCCUUUAGCAUAAAGCAGCCAUAGAAUUUCGCCUCCAUUUCUUUGUACUAAAGCCUUGGUUUUAUUGUUUUGCUUUGUUUUGUUAUUUGUUUAUUUAUUUGUUUAUCUGCUAUGUUGUUCUGAAGAUAUUAAUCUGUUGGAUAAGUUAGGAAGAAGUCCACUUCACAAUGCCAUAUUGGGACGUCACGUGAAGAUCAUGGAAAUGCUCUUUGGGGCUGGGGCCAAAAUAUAUCUUCUGGAUGAGAGCCAAGAUUCACCGCUUCACACCGCAGUUCGAACUGGAGACGAGAACUUUGUCAGAGUACGUCUUGUCACUUUAUAAGUCGAUCAGUCAAACAAAGCACAAUCAAAUCAAAUCAGUUAAUUAAACACAAGGCAGAUGGGUUAAUUUUAAAUUGCUUAAUCAGUAAAGCCUACCUCGAUUUACGAUUAAAAUUUCAGACUUUACUCCGAUUUGGUCGAUGUGAUGCAAACAUCAGAGGACAUAGUUCAGGAACCGCUCUUCACAUCGCUGCUGAUAUGGUGAAAGUGGCCAUAUGCAGGAUAUUGGUUAGUAUUAUUAAUUAUCUCACACAUAUUGAACGAACGACUGUGAAAAUACAUCGUUUGUCCAAUCAGAAACACGAGCCAUAGUACUUCAUAAAAGAGGGCAACAAAUGGCCUCCAAUCUUUGAAAUGUGUCGGUCAGCAGCACGAAUGAAAUAAAAGGAUCAUACUAUGGAAAGAACAUGGACGAUUUUUAAAUUUUUUUUCAUGCGCUACAAUCUCUAUUUCUCCCUUAAAUUUUUCUUUCAUGAAAGCCCUUCUACAAUGACGCACACCUUGCGGACCUCAAUAUCUAAACGUUUUAUCCUCUCUGCUUGAGAGGGACUUUAAAGAAUCGAUGGCAAUGUUUGAGAAGAAGUCAGUCUCCCUGAUCUGUUUGUCCAGGCAAGUCAACUUCUCGAAGCGAAUAAGAUUUUUUUAAUAUUCGACGAGCUAUCUCAAAAAAAACUCACCAUCUUUCUUAUUGUGCGUAUAAAGUUGAUGAAGGUAUUUUGGACGUCUCGAGUCUGACCUUGACAGUACAAAGUCUUCAAUUAUGUCCUAAAGUUUAGGUUUUAAAAAUUUUAAAUCGUCAUGCUUCAGGUUGUACAACUUUGUCUGGACAGCGGGGCCAUCAUUCGGCAACCAAAGGUAGAGUAUAUGUUAUCCCACAAUUAGCCAUGAAAAUCUGAAAAACACUUAGGAACAGGCAGAAUCUAGAUACUGUUGAAGAAAAGCGAACCGUUGAUGUACAUCCUAAUAUGCAGUAUAAUUUUACCAAAACAUGUUUAAACGUAAUUAAUUGA